UCAACAUUUAAACCGAUUUUAAACGAUUUAUGCAGCGUUCUGACGUUGUAAACUGUUAGCGGUUUCAUUCGGAGAUUGUCUAGCACUCGGUUGCCAUUUUCCCUGGUUUCUUUUGUUGUAAGACUCCUACGACAUUAGACAAUGGAUUUUAGACCAAGAGGUUCGGUAAUGAAAAGGUACGUUGUCUCCAUCGUUUUGUCUGUUUUCCUAAAUACAGCGGCAGCUGUUACUCAUUAUUCUAUUCCUGAGGAAAUGGAGGCAGGUUCCGUGGUAUCUAAUUUAGCUACGGAUCUUGGCUUGGAUGUUAAGACUUUAAGCAAACGCAAGAUACGACUGGAUAAUUUGUCUAAUAAAAAAUAUCUGGACAUUAACAAAGAAACUGGCGAUCUGGUAAUCUUGGAGAGGAUUGAUCGCGAAUAUAUUUGCACAACUAAAUCAGCAGCAACUUGCAUUUUGAAGCUUGAUGCAACCAUAGAAAAUCCUGUAAGGAUGUUUAACAUUGAAUUGGAAAUUAUGGAUAUCAACGACAAUGCUCCCCAUUUCAGAAGAGACACCAUGCAUUUAGACAUUUCUGAAUCCACGCCUGUUGGAGAACGAUUUUCAUUAAAUAAUGCAGUUGAUCCUGACAUCGGAGUAAACUCAAUUAAAACGUAUUAUCUCAGUGACAGUGAUCACUUUUCUAUCGAAAUACAAACUGGUCGUGAUGGAUCAAAAUUUACAGAUUUAAUUUUGAAAAAAUCUUUAGACAGAGAGGAAGUGGCAAUCCAUAAUCUGAUACUCACUGCUGUGGAUGGCGGAGUUCCUGCGCGUUCUGGCACAGCCAGCAUUAUUGUGCGCGUUCUUGACACUAACGACAACGCUCCUCAGUUUGAUAAAGACAAUUACACCAUAAAUGUAACGGAAAACUCUCCGAUCGGAAGUCUUGUGGUAAAAUUAAAUGCAACCGACGCCGAUGACGGAUCUAAUUCCGCCCUCACGUACGCAUACAGUUUAUAUACCACAGAAAAAACGCAGCAAACGUUCAGUUUAAAUCCAGAUACUGGGGAAAUUAGAGUCAAAGAAAUGAUUAAUUACGAGGAUUUCAGGAUUUAUGACAUGGAAAUUGUGGCAACAGACAAAGGAACAAAUUCCUUAUCUGGGAAUUGCAAAGUAAGAAUUUUAAUCGCGGAUAUGAAUGACAAUCAUCCAGAAAUAUCCAUACGAUCAUUUACAAGUCCAAUCAAAGAGGAUGUAGGUGUAGGGACUGUUAUUGCAGUAAUCAGUGUGAAUGAUAAAGAUUCUGGAGAAAAUGGGCAAAUUGACGUUGAUAUUUCAGAAAAACUACCUUUUGCUUUAAAGGAAUCAUCAGAUAAUUAUUACGAGCUAUUUAUUUCAGAGCCGUUGGACCGCGAAAAAGUUGCAGAGUACGAUAUUACUUUUACUGUUACUGACAGAGGAAAUCCCCCAUUAACUGAUAAUGAAACUGUAACACUAGAGCUGCUUGAUGUUAAUGACAACGCCCCACAGUUUCCACAAUCAUUUUUUACAUUGCAAGUUAUGGAAAAUAAUCCACCCGGAGCUUUGCUGAGUUCUGUCACCGCGCAGGAUCCAGACCUUCAUGAAAAUCAGUACCUCGUUUAUUUCAUAAUAGAAAAAGAAAUAGUAAACACCUCAAUGUCCAUGCUCUUCUCCAUUAAUCCAGAAGACGGUAAUCUUUACGCACUAAAGUCAUUUGAUUAUGAAAUAGAGAAGGAGUUUCUUUUUCAUAUCGAGGCCAGAGACUCUGGUGUUCCUCCACUAAGCAGUAAUGUAACGGUUCACAUUAUUAUCAUGGACCAGAACGACAACUCACCGGUUAUAGUGUCUCCAUGGCGCGCACAUGGAUCAGUGGUUGCAGAGAAAAUACCAAGAUCUACAGAUAAGGGAACUCUUAUAGCAAAAGUUAUUGCUAUAGAUACAGACUCUGUGCACAACUCACGCAUUACAUAUCAGUUUCUCCAGAACACUGAUGCUACAUUAUUCAGUCUGGACCAGUACAACGGAGAGAUCAGGACUAUGAGAAUGUUCAGUUACAGAGACUCGCGCCACCAGCGACUCGUUGUGAUCGCCAAGGAUAACGGAGAGCCUUCUCUUUCUGCUACAGUCACCAUCAAACUGUCCACAUUGGAGACCGCACUUAAACGCUAUGCUGACAUGACUGAAGUACCAUUAGAAUAUGACAUUUUCUCAGAUUUAAAUCUGUAUCUGGUAAUCGGACUGGGCUCGGUGUCAUUUUUGUUACUGAUCACCAUAUUAGUGACCAUUGUGCUAAAGUGUCAGAAACCAAAGAUCAGUAAAGCUGCUCCUCCUUGUAGGAACAGCGUGAUCAGUGAGAGGAACUCUACCAUCGCAGAUUCCACUUUGGUUUCCAACGAUGCCUACUGGUACAGUUUAUUUCUAGCAGAGACCAGAAAAGGGAAGCUGGUAGUUAGACAACCUGUACCAAAGGGAACAAGAUAUAUGGUGUCCAGUAUACCGAGGAGCACAGGAAUGACUGAGACUAGUGAUUCAGCUGCGUCUACUUUACAGUACUCAAAAUGAGAGAUGUCCCUUCUCAUGCUGGAGGCCUCCACCACCACCAGCAGCAGUUCUUCGUGAGGCUUCAUUCAACCUACUGAUUCUCAAGUUAUGCUAAGAAGAACCUACGAAAAUGGAGCAUCUUGCCGACCUGCCCAAUAAUUUUUUUAUUUAGAUGGUGUCUCUACUUGGAUUCUUUUUCUGUGCACCAAAUGUAUGUCCUUAUUUCUAAAUGAAUUCUUGAAGUCCAACACACCUGUGUGCAAAUUACUUUUUAAAUCUGUAUUAAAAAAUACAUUAGUGACUGAUGUAUAUACUUACCUAGUAAAGGAUAUUCUCACUCCUAUUUCCACCCUUUCCAAAAUAUUCAGUGUGAAUUAGGCUCCAUGCAUGAACCUGCAUAAUAGCUCUGUCUAUGGUAAUUUUCUCACUUUAUAUGAUUUUUUUGGGACUUUGCUUUGAGUGUUUCAUGAAAGCUUUCAAUUGUGCUUGAAAAAGGCUAAAAUGCAGCAAGUAAAUAAAAAAGGAAGUAACGCGAAGACGCACAACAAAAUGUGACCAAAGUAAUAGGAUCCUGACAUUAUGUACAGUACAUGGUGAUUACUUUGAACUGGAGAUUUUUAACCCCUCUCUAAUGGGUGUCUAAUAUUUCAUUUCAAUUUGAUAUUAAGAAACAACUACAUACUACUAACAAUACAUACUAAAACCACUACAGUAUAAAUAGGAAAUUAGGUCUUUGUGUUUAUGUUGUGUGUUAUACAAAAUAUUUGUAAAAAAACAAAAUAAAAAUAAAAUAAAGGUAUUUAAAAAGCUGAAGAGACAAGUGUGACAAACAGAAAAUGACACAGAGGGCUCAUUUAUAUAAUUUGUAUUGCAUUACCGAAUUUUAUUUUUAUUAAUUAGAAAUAUUAGUUAGUUGUUAUGCAUUUAUUAGCAUAUUUGCUAACUCAUGAAGUAUCACAGCACAAGUAGGCUCAUUUAGGAUUAUACUUUUCAAUCAACAUGAAUAAAGUUUCAAAUCAAUUUCAUUUUAUUUAUAUAACUUUCAAACAUUACUGUAAAUAAGCACAUAUUAGACAGACUAGAAAGACAUACAGCUUGCAUUGUUGUGACCAUAUAUAAUAUAGUCAUACUAUUUCAUAGACUUACUGCAAUAUUGUUGUACUAUGUAGAAAAAACACAACUACAGCAAGGUUUUAUUAUUAUGUUUAAUUUAACUGUGGGUUGUGUUUGUUUGUUUGUUUGUUUGUUUACGCAAUUUAUUUGGUUGCCUUAAGACUUAGCUAAAAUGUCCAGCUCCCUUAUACUAUUGAAAUGUUUUCUGAGAACUUGAAACUGAUUCAGCAUUAUUUUGUGAUUAAUGAAUUUAAAGUGUUUUUUUUUCUUCCUUUUUUGUAAAGUGAUACACUGUUGGUGUAUUAUUUAUAUGGUUGUGUGUUAACCUAUAAUGUGCACUUCAUAAUUUUCCUACUCUGCAGUUCUAAAAGCUAUCCAAUGGUUUUUUAUUUGUAAACAAUUAAAUGUUUUAAAAAAUGUUUUAAAACUAAAAUACAUGCAGAUGUCAGGACAUCUGCAUGUAUGGCAGGCAGGACAGACACCUCAAGGAAUUGUAAGCUCUAAUAAUAAAUGUGUAUAUGCUGAUUGCUACAUAAGAAUAAAAAGGAAUUACUACAAGUGAGUAAAAGAGAGAAAGAGAGAGUUAAUUAUUAUCCUUCUUGCAACUCUCUUUCAGCCCAGGGCUGUCAAUUUACAUAGUGAAUUGUGUGUUGAGUUGAAGGUAUGUAUCUUAUUUCAACUCAACACAUUCUGCUUGGGGAUUUUCUUUUUUAUAAAAUUCUGUCUAACCUGCUAGCCUCAGCUUCAAGACUCUGUGUACAUCAUAAUAAAUAGUACUCGCAUGUGCUCUGUUAAUUUUUAUGACUAGAUAGAUAUAAACACAUUGUAUUGGUGAUGCUUUUUAUUACAGUUUAUAUAAUGCAAGCAGUACAGGUAAAAGGGAAAUAACCCGCAUAAACUGUAUGUAGCUUUUUCAGAACACAAGCACUGGAUUUUGACUGCCUGGAUAUCCAUAAAAAUGUGUUUCAGUAAAAUAAGAAACUGAAAGUAAUGAUAUUGAUACAUUAGUACAUCUGACAAGAUUAAAAAAAGCAAAGAAACAUUCUGUAUUCCUGCAUGAUACAAUGCUGUGUGUUUUGUAUGUGUGUACACCAGGUGGGUGAAUAAAAUGACUAAGCUCUUAAAAUUAUAAUGAUCUAACUCACCAAGGUUUACUUUGUUUUGGUUAACAGUAUUUUAUUAUCAACAUUGUUUAUUGCACAUUUCAUUUGAAAGCUUGGUUUAUAUGAACAUUCAGAGUUGUACUAUUAGCUGUAUUGCAUACUUUGCUUUUCCUGGGAUUACAAAAGUAUAAAUAAAAUUCUGGAAAUACUGUAGUAUGUCUACAGCAUAAAUGUGUCUAAUAAACUAGACUGAGAAAUAGCA